AUGGCUAAUGGUCCUGAUGAGGGAUUCUAUUCCCCUGGACUCCGCUGUCCCGAUGGCCACACAACCGCCGUGUCCACAACAUUUGGAGGCGAGGGAAACUGGCAGCCGAUAUAUAGUCUCGUCGAGGGCUUGAAGCAUCGUGAGAGCAAGCUGACCCGACUGGAUAGCUCAUUUUUGUUCCAAAAUGAUGGGACGAGCCAAAGUUGCAUUUUCACUCAGACCAGCACUUACUAUAACCAGGUCGAUUGUUAUUCUGUCUUCAGCGGGAACAACUGGUACGAGAUUCCGAGAACAAUCACAAAUAGAGGACAUGGUGCCGGUCCAGUUCCCUACGCCGCCCAUGUUGUUGUCCGCGCGCCCAUCUAUCAGCUGAACUUCCAGAGCUCUGAUCUUCCUUCAACUAACUCGGCGACGGAUACCACGACUGCGUCAACAAGCGAUUCAACGGCCGAUAAGGCUGCCGAAACGAGCGCCAAUUCAUCUGCAUCAGGGGCAUCUCAAAGCUUAUCUACCGGGGCACAAGCGGGUAUUGGCGUCAGCGCCGGCCUCGCCGGGUUCGCUUUGAUCGGGGCUAUCAUCUUCUUUCUACUAAAGCGACGAAGGAGAGAACAAGAGAAGAUUGGGGAGCCAACCCAAUGGGACGAAUCCAAGACCGAGACAUCAGAUCCUACCCUGGUUGGAUCGCCACCCAUGUCAGAGCUUCAUGACCAGGCGAAGUUCGAGUUACAUGGCCAAGCAAAAAUUGAGCUGCACGAUCAAGCCAAAGUGGAAAUUGGAGGUGAACAGAGAUACGAGAUUCAAGGCCAACAAAAGUUUGAGUUGCCAGCUUAA